AAAUGAGUUCGUAUUUCGUUAAUUCUCUCUUUAGCAAAUUUAAAGGAAGCGACGCCCUGCGUCCAAACUAUUACGAGUGUUCUGGGUACACACAGGAGCUCGCAGGCAGACCGUCUGUGUUGUACGGACACAGCACAGGAUCUACAUUUCAACACACAGCCCAGCUUCCGGAGUUUUAUCACCACGGAGCCUCCACGUUCUCCCACGCACCGUACCAGCACAGCCAGUAUCACGGAGAGCCAGCCGCAAACCUUUUUGCACAGGACGCCUUACAGAGACAGACUUUUUUCAGCACACAAGAUACGGAUUUAGCCCAAUUUGGAGACUACAGUGUGAAAGCAAGCUACGUCAGUGAUGAUUUGGAGAGCGCAGAAACGUGCCCCACGCAGCUUUUCCCCUGGAUGCGACCACAAGCUACCGGCCGAAGGCGGGGCAGACAGACGUACAGCCGCUACCAGACGCUCGAGCUGGAGAAGGAGUUCCUGUUUAAUCCGUACCUGAACCGCAAGCGGCGCGUGGAGGUGUCGCGAGCGCUCUGCCUGACCGAGCGCCAGGUCAAGAUCUGGUUUCAGAACCGGCGCAUGAAGUGGAAGAAAGAGAACAACAAGGACAAGUUCCCGAGCAGUAGAGCUGAGCAGGAACAGAUUGAGAGGCAGAGACGCGAAUGUAUCGAUGAUUCAGGAAAACGUACGCCAAGAGAGGCGGACUCAGAGGACGCGUGAAAUACAGAUCGAGCUAAGACAUGUUCCGGUUUCCUAACAUUUCUGUAGUCAGCUGAAAAGACAGAACAAUGUAAUGCAAGCACUUGAUCUCUAAUUAAGCCUUGUCUAACAAAACGAGGUAUUUCCUUUAUCACUA